AUGGGAAACUUCAGUUCUGAGAAAUCACUGACAUCAUCAUCCAAACAACAGAGGGUAAGGGAAUGUCGACGGAGACCACGUACGUACCACGUAGAACGGAGACGUAGAGCCCGUAAAAAGGUCUCCCGGAAAGCUAAUAAGGCACAACCUCCCUCUGCCGAAAUAUCGAAACCCAAAUCCAAGAUUGUGACAAUUGGGCAGUUGCUGAUGCAUAAACAAAAGGUGACAGAUAAAUCAGACGAUGUAACAGAUUCGAAAAAAGCCACCAAUGAUAAAGAAGCAUCCUCGCCGCCCACAGCUGCUGACGAUGACAAGAAAUCAAAUGAUAUUAAAAAGGAUAAAGAUGCCGCCGAUGCCGAAAAGAAUGGCAGUGCCGACAAAAAGGAAGCAACAGAAAAUAAUGAUAAGGAUUCGAAAGAUGACAAGGAGGCUGAUGGCGAAGCGGCUGAUGAUGAUGGUGUGGACGAUGAUGAAAAUGUUGUUGCUUUAGCUGAAAUUGAUAAAAUCAAUGAGAAUAUCAAUAAAACCAGAGUGGAUGGUCUCCAGACAUUGCAUGCGAUCUGCUUUGGUUCCCAAGGAAAAAAUAAUGUUGUUAAGAAGAAUUUACGCUCAUUUGCUGGCUUUGAAUUUGAAAAGGAUUCAACGGAAUAUAAAAAGAAAUUCGAUUCCAUAAAAAAAAUUGAAUUGAAAGCAUUAAAAAGUAUAGCGGAGAUUUUGUCACUGGAACGUAAAGGUUCUAAAGAUGAUAUUGCAAAUCGUGUACUAAAUUUCCUUAUGGAACCUGAUGAAUCCCUGUGUGUCGAACCAGCCGAGGAUGAAGAUGCCGAAGAAGACGAUGAUGAUGAAGUUGGCGAAGAAGAGGAGGAAGAAGUUAGCGAAGAAGAAAAACACAAAAGUAAAUCAAGAUCUGGUGGUGGUGCUAGUGGUGGUCGUUCAACCUCGGGACGUCCACGUAGAGCUACAGUGGGCAAAAAAACAUCUGCAUAUGUCGACUUUUCAAGUUCAGAAGAAGAAACUACACGCAAAGUUUUACCAUCUAAACGGAGACGACAUGAUGAUUCUGAAUCGGGAUCCGAUUAUAAUCCAUCUGGUAAUUCGGAUUCUGAUGGUGGUAAACGUAGAGCUGCUGCUACAAGGGGUGGUCGUGGUAGACCUGCUCGUAAGGCACGCAGAAGAAAUUCAGAUUCUGAAGAAGAAUCAGAGGUUUCAGAUGCCGAAAGUGAUGUACCCAAACGUAAACGUGGAUCAACUGGUACUGGCAAACGUGGUCGCCCUGCUGCUGGUGGACGUGGUCGUGGCCGUGCCAGUGCAGCUAACAAAUCUAAACGUAAACGCAAAGAUUCCGAAAGUGAGGAAGAAGAAAUGUCUGAAGACGAAGAAGAAGAGGAAAUGUCCGAAUUGGGUAGUGAUCAAAGUGCGGACGAAGAAAAAACUAAAAAGAGCAAGAAACCAGUAACGCCUGCGAAAAAUACUAAAGCUGCCGCUAAUAACAAAACACCUCCCAAAUCCGCUGGUCGUCCUAAAAAAGCCAAGAAAGAAUCCUCCGAAGAUGAAAAGGAUGUCAGUGAUGAAGAUGAACCACUAAACAAAAAGGGCAAAGCUGCAUUCCCCACGGACGAACAAAUUCGUGCUUAUGUAAAAGAAAUUCUAGAUAAGGCCAAUCUCGAAGAGAUAACCAUGAAAACCGUGUGCAAACAAGUCUAUGCUAAAUAUCCCGAUUUUGAUUUAACCGAUAAAAAGGGCUUUAUUAAAGCUACAGUCAAAUCGGUAUGUAUUUUCUGA